AUUCGAUCAAGGUCACAAAUUAACCUUGAGAUGUGUCAUUUGAACCUCUCUUUUUCAAGAUUAUUGAAACAUAAGGGUUUUGAUUUUCGUUUUGGCCUGAUGAAAAUUUGAUUCAGGGAGUGAAUGCUGAGCCAAUGAGAAGCAAAUUUGGAUUUGAUUGUGUAAAGAGUUGAUGGGAAAUCGUUGUGCAAGAACACCUUGUUGUAGAAAGUUAUGGUCAUGUAUAUGCUGCUGCUGCAUCAAUAACAACAAAAACAAAAACAAGACUCAAACCCGAAGCCAACACGGGUCCAAAGGUAAGGUCCAUCCGGUGAGCAGAAUCGAGAAAUGGGAAGAAAAUAUCACAGAAGCUAACAGUAAUGGCAAGAUUCUCGUGGUGAAUUUCAGCGCGCCAUGGUGUGUACCUUGUAAGAAGAUAGAACCAGUAUUCAGGGAGCUUGCUUCUAGAUACCCUUCAAUGAUAUUUGUAACGGUUGAUGUCGAAGAACUCGCUGAGUUUAGUAAUGAGUGGAAUGUGGAAGCUACACCAACGGUAGUGUUCCUUAAAGAUGGAAGACAAAUGGAUAAACUUGUUGGUGCAGAAACCUCAGAGCUUCAGAAGAAGACAGCAGCAGCAGCAGAUCUAUUUCUCAAGAAUCCAUAA